AUGAAGCUCGUAAGGUUUUUGAUGAAAUUGAACAACGAAACAGUUUCAAUCGAGCUUAAGAACGGAACCGUAGUUCAUGGAACCAUUACAGGGAAGAAUCCAGUCACAUUAGACCACUUAAGUGUCAGGGGAAACAACAUUCGCUAUUACAUUCUUCCAGACACAUUGAAUCUGGAGACUUUACUGGUCGAAGACACACCAAGAAUCAAACCGAAAAAACCAACUGCAGGAAAGAUCCCACCAGGUGGUCGUGGACGUGGUCGUGGAAGAGGUCGUGGACGUGGCCGUGGUGGUCGUUAA